AUGACGCCAGGAAUACCAGAAGCAAAGGAGAAACCAGUGAAAGAGAAAAAAUCUAAAAAACAGAGGAAAAAAGCAAAAUCAAAACGUAAAUCGCUUCUGAGGAUUCGUUGUCCUAUUUGCUUCAACAAUUUGGGCAAAGAUUCUGUAGUUUCAACCAAGUGUGGGCACGUAUUCUGCCGAAAUUGUCUGCAAAAGGCGUUGAUACUGAAGCCUGUGUGUCCCACAUGUCGAAGAAAGUUGACUGGUUAUCAAGGAUAUCAUACUUUGUACCUGGACGAUAAUGUCUAUGACGAGUUUGUGGACGAUAUCACUAUCACUCAAUAA